AUGGCAUCGCAGUUUGCAAGAACGACUCCAACCGGUCAUUAUCUGGAAGAGUGGCCAGCGCUACCUGUGUUCCAGGAAGCAAAGACGGUCCAUGUUGACAUCAGUGGGUGGAUGCAGCGUCGGUGUCCCCCCGAGCUCAAGGAGAUCUCUAUUAACGUACCGGAUGUUGUCGUGAGCGUCGUCAGGGAAUCUGCCCGUAAUGAGCGCUUCCUGAAGCGUGCAGGAGACCUUGGCAUCAACCCAUCCAUAGGCCCUCGGUCGUUAAUAGAGGAAUGCGUGAGCUGUUGCAAUGAAAUGUCUGUAGACCAACUGAUACGUCUUCGAUGCCAGCAUAAAUACUGUAGCUUGUGCCUCAGCAAGCUGGCGCGUAUGGCCAUGAAUGGCGAAUAUUCUUACCCUCCCCGUUGCUGUUCUCUGGAUAUCCCCCUGGAGAAGAUCCUCCCAACCCUCUCCUGGGAGGAGGCGCAGCGUUACCUGAGGAAGAUACAGGAGUAUUCCACACCACCCGCUGACCGCUGGUACUGUCCCUCCACAGAGUGCAGUGUGUGGAUCUCGCCAGAGAACUUGAGAGCCCGGGCCAAAUCGCAAAAAUGCCCGCGCUGCCAGAUGUUGAUCUGCUCGAAAUGUCGCAGCAAGUUUCACGGCUGGGGGGAUUGCGUCUCCGACGAGGAAGUCCUGGAGGAAGCACGGCUCCGAAAAUGGCAGAGAUGUUAUCAUUGCGGCGCGAUGGUUGAGUUGUCAGACGGAUGCUACCAUAUGGUAUGUAGAUGCAAGGCGGAAUUUUGCUACAAGUGUGGCAGACCGUGGGACAGAAAGAGACCCUGUCCGUGUGCUCCCGAUCAACUGCCAUUUGCCGAGGACAGUCCUACUGCCGGUUACAUACUCGCUACACUGGAAUAUGCAGAGGGGACUGCAGAGUGGGAAGCAAGUGAAGAUCAACGACAGCCCUCAUCAGAAGUCAUGCAUUCCCAAGAAACCGAGGAGUCUUGUGCCCCAGACCCUCACCGGAUUCUCUUAAUCGAUGGGCUCGUCAGGAACCUGCAGGCCCAUCUUUCUGAGGUCAACAGGCUGCAACAGCUCAGCCUAAUCAACCGGCAAAAGGAGCAGGUGCUGAAGUUCCUUUCUUCUCAGCAGCAGUCUCACCACGGGGCAAGUUCGUUCAUUGGAAAGCUGCAGAGGUGCCUUGAACCAUGCAUCCGACAACGAACGUCAGCCCAUGGAACAUCGCGAUUCGAGCAUACGAGGAUGAAAUUUCCAUUUCUGUCCGGGAAGGAAGAUGUGAGGGUGAUAAAGUCGGCCCAACGAUGCCUCGUGCAAGAGCUUGUUUAUGAUCGAAUGUGGUUUGACCAGGUUGUUGCAGAGAGAGAGAAUAUGCUGAAAAGAUACCGGCUCGGACUUAUCAAUAGUGGGAGUGAUGUGGAGGAAAUCAGCUUCAUCCAUGGCCAGGAUGGCAUUCAUGAGAUGUAG